AUGCGCGCCGCCACCUUCCUCGCGGCCGCCUCCGCCCUCGGAGCUGCCCUCGCCGUCGCCCACCCCAGCGACCCUGCUGACGACCUUCACGAACGCGAACUCCUCCGCCGCAACAUCGUCUAUGACGGCCAGAUCUCCGACUCUUAUGACUACAUCAUCGUCGGUGGCGGCACCGCAGGCCUCGUCCUCGCAGCCCGUCUCUCAGAAGACUCCAACACCUCCGUCCUCGUCCUCGAGGCAGGCGACACUGGCGAAGCUGUCCAGAACAAAAUAGUGUGUGAGACGCGAGACGCGCAGCUGUUGCCCGCGUCGGUGCAUCAAGCCCGGAACAGUCACAUCCCGUCUAUGACAUACUACGACUCCCUUGUCGGCUCCUCCUACGACUGGCAAUACGAGACCACCGCCCAGACACACGUCAACAACCGCCAACUCGGAUGGCCGCGUGGAAAGGUCCUUGGCGGUUCCUCAGCCGUCAACGGCAUGUACCUCGUCCGCCCCAACGCCCUCGAGGUCAACGAAUGGGCGUCCCUCGUCGAGAACGGCUCCGCAUGGAACUGGGACAACCUCUUCGCCGACAUGAAGAAGAGCGAGGCCUACUCCGCACCAGCUUCGUCAGUCCAGUCGACCCUCAACGUCCAGGCCAACACUUCUGCCCAUGGUACCGAUGGUCCCAUCCACGCCUCGUAUCCCGGAUAUGUUCUUCCUGCUGUCGGAGACUGGACAGAGACCCUCAACGCAGUCGGCGUCGCGUCCUCAAGUAACCCGGACUCGGGCAAUGGCUGGGGCACCUUCAUCGCGACCUCCGCGAUCAACCCGUCGAACUGGACACGCUCCUACUCUCGCUCCGGCUACAUCGACCCGCUCCCUCCGCGCUCAAACCUUGCGAUUCUCCCGAAUGCAACUGUGACGAAACUUGUCCUCGCGAACGCGACGGGCGGCAUGGCUGCACAGAGCGUGCAGUACGCGACCUCGAAGGGCGCCACGGCGAGCAGCGUGUCCGUGAACAAGGAGGUUAUUCUGGCCGCGGGCGCCGUCGGCAGCCCGCAGAUUCUCAUGGUCAGCGGCGUCGGACCCGAGGACGUCCUCCAGGCGGCCGGUGUGCCUGUCAAUGUUGCACUGCCGGGUGUCGGCCAGCACCUCCAGGAUCACAUCUAUGCGGAGGUGCAAUGGAAGACCUCCGAGCAGACCGGUGCGACGAUGUACUACGGCAACUAUACUUCCGGGGCCCCAACUACAUCCUCGCCCUCCCUGUCGUUCAUCAACUCCGCCACGGCCUACGUCAACUUCAGCACGCUCGUUGACGGUGCAGAGACGUACGCGUCGCAGAUCGCAGCCGCGGUCGACUCGUCCGCGGCGUCGCUCGUGCCGUCGCAGUACCCGGAGGUCGUCGAGGGCUACAAGGCGAUCUACAACCUGACCGCGCAGAAGCUGCUGCUCUCGUCCGUCGGCCAUAUGGAGAUUCUGCUCACGCUCACGGGCGGGGGCGAGAACGACCAGCAGAUCAUCGCGGUGCAGGCGGCCCUCCAGCACCCGUUCAGCCAGGGCAGGCUCUACAUCAAUAGCUCGUCCGUGUUUGACGCCCCGAUCAUCGACCCGCAGUACCUCUCGCACGAGGCCGAUAUCACGUCGCUCCGCGAGGGCCUGAAGAUGUGCCGGACGGUCGGGAGCACGGCGCCGCUGAGCGGGAACAUGGUCGAGGAGGUGUCGCCGGGGUCGAGCGUGCAGACGGACGACCAGUGGGACGCGUGGCUCGUGAACAACAUCUACACGGAGUACCACCCGUCGUGCUCGUGCGCGAUGCUGCCCCAGAACCAGGGCGGCGUCGUCGACGCGAACCUCAAGGUGUACGGCCUCACGAACGUGCGCGUCGCGGACUCCUCCGUCUUCCCCUUCGAGUUCGCCGCGCACCUCCAGGCGCCCGUGUACGGCCUCGCGGAGCAGGCGGCGAGCAUGAUCAAGGGCACGUACACGAACGUGGACUCGACCUCGUCCGCGUCGAGCACGGCGACGUCCGCGGGCUCGUCCGCGACGACGUCGGGCGGGUCCGACCAGAAGAGCGGCGCGCCGCGGAUGACCGGCGCGCCUGCGUGGACGGUCGCGCUCGGCCUGGCGGGCGUGCUCGCCGGGGCGGUGCUCGUGCUCUGA